CACUAUCUCUCUCUCUCUCUCUCUCUCUCUCUCACUCACUCACUCACUCAUUCUCCAUCUCGUUCGCUCCCUCUUCUCUCUCUCUCUCUCUCUCUCUCUCUCCCUCCUUCCGUCUUGUUCGAGAGCUCGUUCGCUCGCUUGCUCGUUCGCUCGCUCGCUCGCUCGCUCGCUCGGUACUAUGUCUACGUACUCUCGCACUCAGGAGAGCGACGCGUGGGCCCUCCUGGCACUGAAGUCGGCACCGGCCAGUCCGACGAAGAUGCAGUGGAAUCCAGAGGCAAAGGGUGCGCCGAUCGCGCGACUCGAAGGUCGGGAAUUCGAGUACAUGGUUAGGCAGAGACGCAUCACCAUCGGUCGAAACAGCAGCAAGGGUGAGGUCGACGUCAACAUGGGCCACUCCAAUUUUAUCUCGCGCCGACACCUCGAGAUCUUCUACGAUCAUCCGUUCUUCUUUAUGACCUGCAACGGCAAGAACGGCGUCUUCGUCGAUGGCGUGUUCCAACGUAAGGGCGCACCUGCCUUUCAAUUGCCAAAAACGUGCACAUUUAGAUUUCCAAGUACAAAUAUAAGACUUGUGUUUCAAUCCUUGGUGGAUGAACAAGAGCAAGGUAAUGUACGCGUACCAUCUCCUCCCAAACAGAGAGUGCCACUACCGCCUCUACGUAUAAAUAUACCUGAUACGGGAUAUAGUAGUCCCUUUCCUUCUCCUACGGGAACCAUAAGUGCUGCUAACUCCUGUCCAGCCAGUCCACGAGCAGGUCAGGGUAGAAGAAAUAUUUCGGCGGAUUUACAAAUGGUAGCGGCGUAUGCUGCGGCGGUCGCAAAUGAUCCACAGAAUUCUGGAAUGGAGAGGCACGAGGGAACCCAAAGUUCCAGUAGGCAAAUCAGUCCCGAACCUGGGACUGAGCAGCGUUAUAGGGGUAGCAGUAGUUCGGGUCCAAACGGUACAACGGCACAUUAUAGUCCGCCAAAAGAUGAUUCUAAGCCUCCGUACUCGUAUGCUCAACUUAUCGUUCAAGCGAUAGCAUCUGCGCCGGACAAACAGCUCACGUUGUCGGGCAUUUAUUCGUAUAUAACAAAAAAUUAUCCUUACUAUAGAACUGCCGACAAGGGAUGGCAGAAUUCUAUUAGACAUAAUCUAUCAUUAAAUCGUUACUUUAUAAAAGUACCAAGAAGUCAAGAGGAACCUGGUAAAGGUUCUUUCUGGAGGAUAGACCCACAGUCCGAAGCAAAGUUAAUAGAACAAGCCUUUAGACGAAGAAGACAAAGAGGUGUACCUUGCUUCCGAGCUCCAUUUGGAUUAUCCUCAAGAAGUGCACCUGCGUCUCCAUCUCAUGUGGGAAUUAGUGGUUUAAUGACACCGGAAUGCCUGAGUAGGGAAGGUUCGCCAGGACCUGAAACAUAUCCUGAUAAUUCUGUUCCUUCUCCAGCUGGUCAUCUCACGAGUCAGUCUGCGCCAGGAUCACCGGGACAUCCAUAUCCGCCGUCUUCCCAACAAUCCCAUAAAGGACGUUUGGUACAGCAAAUAACUGUUGUCACCAAUGGCGUAAGUGGAGACGCAGCGAGGGAAGGUAUUUAUACACUUUCAAUUGCUUGCAUUACAUACGUUAUUUAUACAUUUGUGAUUCCAAUGGAAAAGUUUUCUAUGUCGAUUGUAGAAAAAUACUUGGUGCCUGGAAACAUAGUAGAGGAGCAUUCUUUAUCUCCGGCUGGACAAUACAGCCCAGCUCCUGUUAUUGUACAAACAACAUAUAAUUACAGUGGAAGCUUUAUCGGCCCUGACGCAGGCGUUGGGGUUGGCAAAAGAGCACACGACGAAUCAGAUAGUUCACCUGGUUCUCCAGCUCCGCUUGCCAUCGUUGAAAGUCCCGAGCCUCUCGAGCAUCAGCAACAACAACAACAGCAGCCAAAACGUCAACGUGUGCAUGACGUGGAUGAUCAUUGAACUAUUAUCCUAGCAUCCCACUUCGUAGAACAUUAUUACAUUACAUUAUUUGCCUAUUACCAGACACACAGCCAAGUUCUCUUUUCCUUUUAACGCAUAACUGCUUUGGACGGCACACGGUGGAGCAAAUAUCCGGUUAUAACGUUUUAAGAGAGGUAAAUCGUACUGCGUUAUUAAAUGAAAAAAAAAAAAGAAAACUUAUUUUGUUCGGACCACAUCCAGCGAGGAUUAUUCCUCUCAAGGAAGCAUCAAUCAAUUUAUUGGGAAAGUGCAACUUCUGUUAUUUUUUCUAAAAAGAAAAGUAUAUAUAUAUAAAAAAAAAAAACACACAAACAAAAAACAAAAAAGAUUUCAUGUUACAAACGAUACAGACGCAAAAGUCUCCAAUAAUUUUUCAUAUUUUGUAGUAUACCGAUUAAUGUGUAUAAAAGUAUAUACAUAGUAUUGUAUUUUUCACUUGACAACUUAUCAAUUAAAAGCACGAAAGAGUCAGGGAUAAAUAUCACAAAACUUGAAAUUGAAGCGCGAUGAAAGCCUUUUUAGCAUGUCGUUUAGAGCGACGAUGGACGAUCGUAAAUCAAGAUACAUUUGUCUCGUUGGCAACCAAUAAAAAAAAUACACACACACACACAUAUGAAACAGGAGGAGAGAAAAAAAGAGCAAGAAACAGAAAUAAAAUAAUCAAGUAACACACAUCAAUCGCGUAUAACUAUUAGAUGAAGACGACGAUGGCGGCGACACGGUUAAUAGUUUGUGGUUCUGUAAACGUUGCUUCUCACGAUAGCAAGGCUAAUAAUCUUCCCAUAAAAAAAAAAUAAAUAAAUAAAUAAAUGAAAAAAAAAAAAACAAAACAACAAAACCAAGAAAAAAAGCUGGAGGCAAUCGUUUUCGUUGAGCAUAGCUUAGAAAAAAAUCUUUUCAGAAAUCUUUUGAUUGCGCUCAGUUUUUUCUAAAGAGAGAAAUACUAUCAGUGCUUAUAAGAUCACACACACACACACACACACGCGCGCGCGCGUAUAUAAUUAUAUAUUAUAUAUAUUAUAUAUAUUAUUUAUAUAAUAUAAUAUAUGUAUUUAUAUAAUGUAAUAUACGUAUAUAUAUUAUAUAUUAUAUCAUAUAUAUAUAUAUACACACACAUAUAUAUAUAUAUAUAUAAUAUAUAUAAUUUGGUGCGAAGGAUCGAUUUAUUGAAAGAAGAGAGGGCUGGUGAUACAUACAUAUAACGUAAUGAGAGAGAGAGAGAUAGAGAUAUAUAUAUAAACUGAACGAGACGCGUAUACAAUACAAUUUCUUAGCAACACACUCACGUACAUACAUGUACACACACACACACACAUAUAACAUACACACAACCAACAGCUUUAGUCGAUAGCUGCUGAAACACAAGAAUGACGCGAAAUAUUCGAAGCGUUUAAUAGUAAUUUUAGAUACCUCUCGAUAAUAGAGCUGAAGCAAAAAUGCUUCCCUAGUCGCUCGGUAUACUUUGUUAAAGAAAAAUGAAGCUAAAAGGUAUAUAUAUAUAUAUACACUAUGUAGUAUAAUGAAGGAGAGAGAGAGAGAGAGAGAGAGAGAGAGAUAGAGAAAGAGAGAAAGGAGAGAAGCCAGGCAUACGUGUCAAGAAGAAAUAGCAUUUAUUCGUAACAAUGCCACCCCUUCUUCCCACCCCUGCCCCCGCCCUGCUUUUUCACUAAAGGAUUAAUUACGUUUCACAGGAUACGCUAAUUGUUUUUUUCUCUGACAAGCUCGAUCAAAAUUCAGUAUUUUUUAAAAGAGAAAGAUCGAGAUAUAUAUAUAUAUAUUUACUUAUAUAUAUAUACAUAUAUAUAUAUAUAUAUAUACACAUACACAUAUUUGCGCGGGGAAAUAUUUUUUACGAAUUGAACGUUUUCGAUAUUUCAUUUCUUUUAUUUUUAUUUUUAUUAUAAUUAUUACUAUUAUUAUUAUUAUUAUUAUUAUUAAUAUUAUUAUUAAUAUUAUUAAUAUUAUUAUUAUUAUUAUUAUUCUUUUUUGUAAUAUUUUCCUUCUUUUUUUCUCUUUUUUAUUUUUAUUCUUUUUUUUUUUUUUUUUUUUUUUUUAAUGUACAUACAAAAUAUGUAACCGUAUUCCCGUGCUGUGGCGAACGAUAAUCGUACUAAAGUACUUAAACUUCGUUAACGACGAAUUAAGAAAAACUUAACGAAAUAAAAUGAAAUGAAAUGAAAUGAAGUAAAGUAAAAUAAAGUAUAGAUAGAAAGAAAGAAAGAAAGAAAAAGACGUUAACGAUAUAUGAUCAUUAUGUAAGAUAAUUUUUGCCAAGCGCGACACGCAAAGCUCUUUAUGUUAGUAUUAUAUUAUUAUACGUAUAUACAUAUACACAUUCAAACACAUAAACAUUCCUACGAUCGAUUCAAAAUAGUCAGGUGGUUUAUAAUUAUGUUCUUAUUUAAAUAACUCGUAACCUCACGAAUUCUUUGAAAUUGCGUUGAAAGUUGCAGGAAAGAAAUUGGUCGCUUUUUCCAUUGGUAAAGAAUUUUAUUUGGGAGAAAAAAAAGGAAAAGGAUGAAGAGAAAGAGAGGAAGAAUAGAAGAAGAGAAAAAGAAAAAGAGAACAGAAAGCUCUUUAAUGGAGAUUCGAGAAAAUAUAUCGGAGACCUAUGAUUACAUAGGUGACGUGGUAGAAGCUGCCAGAGAAAAGUAAUGAUGUGAGGUGUUUUGAAAUACGUACAUAUGUAUGUACAAUAUGUAUGCAUAUAUCGCGAGCAACGUUUUAUUAUUAUAACACGUUAGCUUUUUUUCCUAAUCGAGAGAUCGCGAAAAGAGGGGAGAAGAGAGGACUCGCGGAUUAGAGGGCUCUUAUGCCGCGUUAAAACGAAUUUAUAAUAAAUUAAUAUACUAAUAUAAGAGAGAAAAGAAAGAAAAAAUGAAAAAAAUAAAGGGAAUGAAAAAGAAAAAAAAAGGAAGAAAACAAAACAAACGUGUUAAUAUAAUGAAUAUACGAGUUCGUUAUGCGAAGUUCUCGCCUGCAUAUGCAUUAAAAAAAUACGUUGUGUGGAUUGCAUAAGGAAAUAUAUAUAUAUAUAUAUAUAUAUAUAUAUAUAUAUAUAUAUGUAGAUAGAAACACAGAAAGAGAGAGAGAAAAUAAAACAAAAUGAAAGAUAGAUAGAGAGGGUGAAUGCUCGGAAGCUGCUUAACGCAAUAGUGUGACAUAAACGACUAAAAGAGAAACGAUGAUAAGUGAUUCCGUAAAUUCUCAACCUCCCCUAUAUAUGUAUAUGUAUAUAUAUGUAUAUGUAUAUGUAUAUGUAUGUACAUAUAUAUAUAUAUAAAGCAAUACCUCAGGGUACGUUACUUGGACUUUGUACGACACAAUAAUUAACGUGUACAAUAUACUAUAUACGUAUUUGCGGUAUAUUGUAUCAUUUAUUAUAUCGUAAUAAAGUGUGUGUGGGUGUGCGGCGUUUUUUCGUGACCAGGAGAAAGAAAGAGAUUAAAAAAAAAAAGAAAAAAAAAAAGGAGAAACGGGGAAAGAGUCGGAGGUAAAAGUUAAGAGUUACAAAAAAUAAACGAAUAAAAAUAAAAUUAAAAAAAAAAAAUUAAGAAAAAAAGCAAAUAAAAAGAUAAAAAUAAAGGAGUGGCCCUGGCUCGCCGUUUUCUAAAGGACUUUAUAAUAACGCUAAUACAAACUCUAUUUUUCUGACUUAUUAGAAGAGAGACAAGAAGCGACGAACCAUCAGUGAGGUUAAAUUAUUAUUCCACAUGCAAAAAGAGGAUAACGCGGAGAAUGAAACAUUUCGGUCGUCUCGCCUUAAUAAUGGAUGGUUUUUUAAGGGAGAUAGAUAGGGAGAGAAAGAGAGAAAGUAGAAAAAAUGUUUUCACGAACCUUUCUCGAUAUCGUGAAAAACGUAUCGGUAUCGAGAUAGUUGUCAAUUCGUCGAAUUGGACUAUCCAUUAGGCGAGUUUAAAAAUUCGUUCGAAACGGGACCGAGCUUACGCGGGAUUGGGGCGGCGGAAGGAGGAAGAUUUUGCUUCGCAGUACUAAAGAAAAAAAAAAAAAACAAAACAAAAAAGGAAUAAAUAAAUAAAAAAAAAAAAAACGCAGCUAGUAAUCGAUACAUACGACGCGCCUAUUAGCAUUCAGGAUAUCUAAGCGACAAGCGGUUUUGUGAAAGUGCAGGCAAAAACGGUUGUGUAAGUUACUUUUACAAAGUACCUUCGACAUGGCCACACACAUAUAUAUAAUAUAUAUAUAAUAUGUAUUAUAUACAUAAUAUGUAUAUAUAUAUAUAUAUAUAUAUAUAUAUAUAUAUAUAUAUAUAUACA